AUGUCCAUGAAGGUCUUCUUUCGUCGAGGAGCGCUUUCAACGCUCGCGCGACGCGCCCCUGUAACCCUACGGUCCCUCCCGCGGAGGGGGCUCACUACACAGCAAAAGGAGAUCGUCAAGUCAACAAUUCCCGCACUACAGGAGCAUGGGGUCACUAUCACCACCCUCUUCUACAAGCGGCUGCUUGAGGCGCAUCCCGAGCUUAAAAACAUUUUCAACACCGCCCAUCAGGCAACUGGCGAGCAGCCGGCAGCCCUGGCGCAUGCUGUGUGGGCGUACGCAUCCAACAUCGACCAGCCCGAGGCCUUGAGUACGGCGGUUUCUCGCAUUGGCCAUAAACAUGCCAGUUUGGGUGUUCUGCCUGAGCAUUAUCCGAUUGUCGGCCAGCAUCUUCUCGUCUCAAUCAAGGAUGUCCUCGGACCCGCCGCCAACGAGCAAGUACUCAAUGCGUGGGCGGCGGCCUACCAGGAGCUGGCCGACAUGUUUAUCAACUUCGAGGAUGAACUCUACAAACAGAAUCGCAAGACACCUGGGGGCUGGAACGGAUGGCGGAAGUUCUUUGUCUCUCAGAAGACCGCCGAGAGCGAAGAAAUCGUUUCCUUCUAUCUGACCCCUGUCAAUAAGGGCGCUCUGCCCAAAUACCAUCCCGGCCAGUUUGUGAGCGUACGAUGCUAUGUUCCCGAGCUAGGCUCCUAUCAACCUCGCCAAUAUAGUUUGUCUGACAUUCCGAACGGCGAACACUUCCGGAUUUCAGUCAAGCGAGAGAGUGCGAGGGAUUCGAGGCCAGCCGGUCGGAUCUCGAAUGUCCUCCACGAGUCACUGCCUGUUGGCGCGGAGCUGGACGUGAGCAUGCCAUUCGGUGACUUCGUGCUCGAUCUGAACGCCACCACUCCAGCCGUGCUAAUCAGCGGCGGCGUGGGCUUGACGCCCAUGAUGUCGAUGUUAAAAAGCAUCGUGAGCCAACAAGGCCAAUCUCGGCGUGUUGUGUUUAUCCAUGCAGCCCGAAAUGGUCGCGUCCACGCCAUGAAAACCGAUCUGAACCGGAUCGUGGCUGAAAAUCCGACCGUUAGCCGCAUCGUCUUCUAUGAAAAUGCCACCGAAGAUGAUACCCAGGGUGUGGACUACGAUUAUACGGGGCGUGUGGAUUUGACUCAGAUCAAAGACAAGGCUGUUCUGCCGGAUGCAGACUACUACAUCUGCGGGCCGCAGCCUUUCAUGAAGGCCCAGAGCCAGAGCUUGGAAGCUCUGGGCGUGGCUCCGGACCGCAUCCACAUGGAGGUUUUUGGCGCUCCGCGUGAUUGA